UCCUGUUCUGUCCACAUGGAAGUACGGAGGCCCCAUAGGAUACAAAAUGACAAGGACAGAAAAACAAGUGUCUUCUCUCACUUCUCAACUCCCAGCUUUCCCAGUCCAAACAGACCCAUUGAACUUCAGUUCCUGAGGAUCCAAAGCGACACUGCUGUGUCAAACCAACAACAGCCCAUAAUGUUCCGCAGUAGGGACUCAAAAAAAGCUCCUGAAGCGUUCAAGGAUGUUUCGGCAGGUUUAAAGAAACUCUACCGUACCAAACUCUUUCCCCUGGAAGACUCAUACCAAUUCCACGACUUCCACUCACCAGCGCUCGAGGAUGCCGACUUCGAUAACAAACCUAUGGUCCUCCUGGUCGGUCAGUACUCAACGGGUAAAACCACUUUUAUUCGGCACCUGAUGGAGCAGGACUUCCCGGGCAUGAGGAUAGGGCCGGAACCGACGACAGACUCUUUCAUUGCGGUGAUGCACGGUGAUCAGGAGGGGAUGAUACCUGGCAACGCAUUGGUUGUCGACCCCAAAAAACCCUUCCGCAAACUCAACGCCUUUGGUAACGCGUUUCUAAACAGGUUUAUGUGUGCUCAGAUGCCCAACCCAGUCCUGGAGAGCAUAAGCAUCAUCGACACCCCUGGAAUCCUGUCAGGGGAGAAACAGAGAAUAAGCAGAGGCUAUGACUUUGCGGCGGUACUAGAGUGGUUUGCGGAACGUGUGGAUCGCAUAAUCCUCCUAUUCGAUGCCCACAAGCUGGACAUCUCUGACGAGUUCUCCGAGGUGAUCCGCGCCCUGAAGAACCACGAAGACAAGAUGCGCGUGGUGCUGAACAAGGCCGACCAGAUCAACACGCAGCAGCUGAUGAGGGUCUACGGCGCCCUCAUGUGGUCAUUGGGGAAGAUCAUCAACACCCCUGAGGUGGUGAGGGUGUACAUUGGGUCGUUCUGGGCCCAGCCGCUCCUGAUCGCUGACAACAGGAAGCUGUUUGAGGUGGAGGAACAGGACCUGUUCCAGGACAUUCAGGGACUUCCACGGAAUGCAGCGAUACGGAAACUCAAUGACCUCAUCAAGAGGGCACGGUUGGCGAAGGUCCAUGCCUACAUCAUCAGCUCUCUGAAAAAGGAGAUGCCCAGUGUAUUUGGGAAGGAGAACAAGAAGAAGGAGCUAAUUGCCAACCUGGGAGAGAUCUACCUAAAAAUAGAGAGAGAACAUCAGAUCUCCCCUGGAGACUUUCCCAAACUCAAGAAGAUGCAGGAGCUUCUGGCUGGCCAUGACUUUUCUAAGUUUCCUACCAUGAAGCCUAAACUGCUAGAGGCUGUGGAAGACAUGUUGGCCAACGACAUAGCGCGCCUCAUGACCCUGGUUCGUCAGGAAGAAGCUGCUAUGCCCAGCCAGGCGGUCCACGGAGGUGCCUUCGAGGGCACCAUGACGGGCCCCUUCGGCCAUGGCUAUGGCGAGGGCGCCGGGGAAGGCAUCGAUGAGCUGGAGUGGGUGGUGGGCCGGGAUAAACCCUCGUACGACGAGAUCUUCUACACCCUGUCACCGAUCAACGGUAAAGUGUCCGGUGCUGCGGCCAAGAAGGAGAUGGUGAAGUCCAAGCUGCCCAAUACGGUACUGGGGAAGAUCUGGAAGCUGGCCGACGUGGAUAAGGAUGGUUACCUGGACGACGAGGAGUUUGCGUUGGCCAAUCACCUGAUUAGGGUGAAGCUGGAGGGGCAUGAACUGCCAGCGAAGCUUCCAGAACACCUGGUGCCGCCGUCUAAACGCCACCAGGAGAUCGACAUGGGAGAAUGACGUGAGUAUGAGGGGAGGGUGGGAAAACCACAAUCUAAUGAGCCAGAGAGAGACUGGGGAGGGUUUGAGAGGAGUUUGAUAUAAGGACAUUAAUGGCCUGCAUUUGGAUGGACUGCUGCAUGAGGGGAUGGGAUUGGGAAACUACAGAAAUGUUCUUUUUAAACCAUCAGAUCAGAGAAAAAUGUACUGUCAAUAUGUUGAUCCAAAUAAACAUGAACGUGUCCUUUUUGGAGAAUAACUUUGAAUUGUUUUAUCUAUAUUUUUAUAUUUCCUCACUGUUUGCUAAGAAGGGUUUUCAGUAGUUUUUGUUUUAUUUUUUCCCCAGAUGAAUAAAAAGGAAGUAUACAUACCAA